CAGCCAGUUGUUGACACUGCCUUCCCUAUAACUAUUCCCAGCCCCAACUUAUCUUUCCAGCUCCUCACCUGCGAACUUGUUUUGUCCUUGCACCCCGACUCUCACCAUGUCCAGCCCUACUUCCCGCCUACGCAACAUCCUCAGCCACCUCCUCUCCCAUAGUAACCACUCUCCAUCAAUCGACGCACCUCAUAUUCACAAUGGAGGGCCACCGCCGCCGCACCUCGCCCAGCUCUCCCCAACCUUCUUCCUCGAACGCGCCGCCGCCAUCGAGCCCCACGCCGAAGCCGUCUACCACCUGACCGCCAACGGCCGCGUGCUGCGCCGCUCCUACCUGGAGCUGGCCGACCGCGCGCGCGGGCUGGCAUACUACCUACGCAAGAAGGGGCGGAAGCGGGUGGGCAUCCUGGCGCCAAACACGCCCGCGUUUCUGGAAAGCAUCUACGGUAUCGCGAGCGCGGGGGCAGUCAUAGUGCCGGUGAAUUACAGGCUGAAGCAGGAGGAUGUGGCGUAUAUCCUGGCGUUUGCCGAGGUGGAUGCUGUGGUUGUGGAUCAGGAGUUUGAAGGGCUGCUUGAGGGGUUCAGGAGGAGUUAUCCAAGCGUGGAGGUUAUUGUGGACCUGGAUCAAGGUGCGACCGAGGGCGCGCUCUGCGGGCCCUACGACGAGGCGGUUCUGGAGGGCUUGGAGUAUGACCGGGACACGGGGGGCAAGGGGUGGACGGGCCUGCUGUCGCAAACGGUGGCCAACGAGGACGAUACGAUCGCCAUCCCGUUUACCUCGGGGACGACGUCGAAGCCCAAGGGCGUGAUCUACACGCAUCGCGGCGCCUACCUCGCUGCCUUGGCCAACGUUGUCGAGUCGGGACUGAAUGUGCCGGACGGCCGGUGCAAAUACCUAUGGACGUUGCCAAUGUUCCAUGCCGUCGGUUGGACAUUCCCGUGGUCCGUCUGCGCGGUCCGCGGCACGCAUGUCUGCCUGCGGAAGAUCGACUACCCGCUGAUCUGGAAGCUCCUGAAGCAGGAAGGCGUCACGCACUUCAACGCAGCGCCGACCGUCAAUACGCUGCUGUGCGCCCACCAAGACGCCGAGGUGCUCCCACGCCCCGUUCGCGUAACAGUAGCUGCCAGCCCGCCGACCGCCCACCUGUUCGAGCAGAUGAUGAAUCUCAACCUUGUCCCAGUGCACGUUUAUGGCAUGACCGAGACGUACGGGCCCAUCACGCGCGGCUACGUCCUUCCCGAGUGGGAUGCCCUGCCCAAGCACGAGAAGUACGCGAAUAUGGCUCGGCAGGGACACGGGUUCCUGACCAGCCUGCCCAUCCGAGUGAUCAAGCCCGACGAGCAGCCCGAUGGGGUGGUCGCUGAUGUGGCCAAGGAUGGCAAGGAGAUUGGCGAGAUCGUGUUCUCGGGGAACAUCUGCUGCAAGGGAUACUACAAGGACCCGGAGGCGACACGGAAGCUCUUUGCCGGCCGGGUGCUGCACUCGGGGGACCUGGCGGUGUGGCACCCGGACGGAAGCAUCCAAAUACAGGACCGGGCAAAAGACAUCAUCAUCUCCGGAGGCGAGAACAUCUCCUCGGUCGCUCUCGAAUCCAUGCUGGUCGAGCACCCGGAUAUCCUCGAGGCCGGCGUCGUGGCCGUGCCAGAUUCGCACUGGGGCGAGCGGCCCAAGGCGUACUUGACGGUCAAGGAGGGUAAGGAAGACCAGCUCAGGGGGGAGGACGUGAUCGACUGGGCCAAGCACCAGAGCGCCAUCAGCAAGUUCAUGGUGCCGCGCGAGGCCGAGAUCGUGCGGGAGCUGCCCAAGACGAGCACGGGCAAGAUCAAGAAGAAUGUGCUGAGGGAAUGGGCAAAGAAGGGCACGCCAAGGGGGGUUAAAUUCCGGGGGGAGUAAUGGGGAGUGUAAGGGGAGUGGAGAGAGAGCAUAAGGGGUUAGGCCGAGGUGGUAUGACAGAAGCCAGGAAGCUAUCUAAGUACUUAUAAGACGACUGGGGAGACUGUCCUGCUAUGUCGUGUAGAACGUGAGGAUGAGGAACUAGUAUCUGAAUGAGACCCUAGGUCCAGUUGAAAAAACAGGAAACUCACAAGGUCCAGACACGAUGAAGAUUGGCAGAUUCGGAGCUCUUUCUUGAUUUCAUGGGUGGUGGUGGUGGUGGUGGUGGUGGUGG